UUGACGCAAGUGCUGACGUACAUUGGAAAGGCGCCUUAAUAGGUGACUGUGCAUUGCCACAAUAAAAUGCAUAGGGAACAAUGAAGGAAAUUGGCAAUUCUCAAGCCGUCGCAAUGAUAGUUCACCUCUGUCAUUUUGGCAAAUAAUACCAUCGAACGAAUGCAAUAAAUGCCUUUGAUUUUCGCACAUCAAUCGAAACUGCCGUCAGAAAUACAAACGCUAAACGUGUGCAGUGGUUGAUGGUUUCGCUGGCACUGAUAUCGUUCGCCUUUAGACGAUAAUAACGUGUACUUCUCCAGCAUCGCUAUAUACUUUACGUUGACUGUCACGAUGGGACUGUCAACAAUUAACAGAACGGGCGGCCCCUUGCUCCUUGUCUGUGCUUUUCUAGCGGGGUUCGCAGCUUGGAUAGGGUCGGCCCUGACGCCUUGGUGCAGCGUCGUGGACACCGCCCUGGUGGGUUGGAAUGUCUCCUCGAUCCAUACCAGGACGCAUAAGCUGUGCCACGUUGCUUGCCUGGAAUCAGCCAAUUGCUCAUCGGCCAACUACUGGUGGCAGAGCAAAGUCUGCGAGUUGAACAUCUUGUCGCACCUGAGCGUGUCCGAAAGUCACAUGGUCAAGGCGUCGGGGUCCAUCUAUACCUUCACUCAGAUGACUGGAUGCAACCUUGCUUCGGUCCUGAGUCGCCAUGGCAACGAUCACGAAGCUUUGCGUUUUGGCAGCACAAAAGACUCUGAAUGGCGGCUGGUGUUUAAAGGCGUAGCAGGAACUGGAGCAAAACUGUACGAUAUGUGGACCAGCGAGAGCUGGGACCCCAGCGUGGAGAUCAGUGGGAGUUGCCGGGAUAAUGACCUCCACCGAGCAUGGCGCAACGGGCAGCUACAUGUCAGACAGGUCAAGCUUUCCUUGCAUAACAGCACAGGGGUGGCUGUCAAGCUGGUGUUCAACGGGACUGGGUCGGACAUCAAGAACUGGUUUAACAAGCCUCACUUGAUAGAGUCUCCCUGGGCAGAUCUCACGACGGCGCUGUUUGAGGGUGGUUAUGGUCAAAUCUUUAGCCUUGAGGGUGGAACUGGACUGGAACGGCGGUUCCACAUCAACAUCUACUACCAAAUAUGUGAAUCUGACGCAGGAUGGCUGGUUGUGACCGAUUCACAGUCUCAAGCUGGGCCAUGUGAAUGGGAGAAACCUUCGCCAGCGCAUCCUAACCCUAAGAUACUCUACAGCACAACCAGCAGCACGGUGAAGUGGCAUAAUCUGCUUUCGGAUGAUGGAACGGUUGGACGGGCGGACAGCAUGACCAUUCACAUCGAUAUCGAGUGAAUGUAAUCUGGUAUACGAAAAGGCCAAUCCUACUUUUUCCCUCGAAUCACCUUCGUGACCAGAAAUCAGCAAGAAUGAAAAGGAACACCAAUGAACUGUAACUGCAACACUGAGACCUUUAACGUGUCAACGUUAAACAUCCACUCUGCACUCUGCAAAAUGUUUAUUUCCUUUGUUCGUUCUUGUCCGUUAAAAAAUACUCCCCACUUUAAAAAGCUCCACAUUACAAUUUUAUGGAUGGGCUAAAAAGCCCAUUGAUUUUCAUUUUGACGUUAGAGACACAGAGAGGGUGGCAGACAAAGUUCAAACUGUUAUUCAGUUUCGCUUCCCAGUCGAGUGAUUGUUUACUUAUACCUCUGACUUGAAUUAAUUGCACGAUUCUCCUCACCUGAAAUGCAAGUGGCUUGGUUUAAUAUGUUGUCCGUACGUCUUGCUCGAAAACAAUAUUUUUAUGUCGUAAAAUUCACGUUAGUGGAAAUGUUGUCAUUAAGUAAUCUACACAAAGAAAAGUAACGACAAAUUACAGCGAUAUCGUAUACCAGUUUGCUGUUCCCUCUAUCGUCACUGUACUAUCAUUGGCUGUAUAUAGUUUCAGCGCUUGUACCAAUGAAUACGAGUUGUCUGAUUUAUGAACCAGCCGGACAAAGAGAAGAACCAAUAUUAUUUUCCUAGUAACGGUGGCUCGUUUGGUGGGAACUGCACUUCGCUGGUUCACAAACGACUAUGAAAUGCAAGCGUUGUGGUCGCGCUGCGACCAACAAAAUCACCAGGCAUAUCCCACGGCUCUUUUCAACGGAUGAGUGGGUGCUUCUGCUCAACGCGGAGAGCGGUCCCCACACUGCAGUUUAGCCUAGUCCAGGAUAUCAUGAUGUGAUACGUACAAGGAUGAGGAUAAUAUGCGUUUUAUUGCCCAGUCUCGUAAUUGUUCUUUUGCAAGGAAAAUACAGUAUUCUAUAGACAGACCAACUUUAACAAUUUUGGAAACGUUUCCUAGUACGCCCACUGCAACAUGUUUUCAUGGUAGGAGUGCCGGCAGUAGCGAAAGACAGAAGUCCAAUGGUCAUCAUAAUUUGCAGAGCUGCGUGGUAAGUGUAAAUAUGCAUAUUGCAUUAUAAUAGACUAGGUUCUUUACAGAUUAACAAAGGUAUAAUUAAUCAUUCAAAUUUAAUACUUCUUUAUUACAUAAUGAUUGUGGAAACGUUGGUAGCUUUAUUACAAGACAAUAACGUGGUAUAUUUUAUUAUUUCUGCUUGAAGUGCUUGAAAACAUCUAUUUAUUUUGACUUUGUCUUUACAAAGAAUUACCUCUAUACAAGGCGUUUACGUAACCGACCUUUUUUGAAGUCUUAGCCGGUCUACACCGCAAAGGUUGGUCCUGGUAUCAGUACCAAAAAAGCUGUCCUUUUUACAGCCAUUUAAAUUGCUCAGUGGGUGUUUUCUAGCCCCUACAACUAUUAAAAACCGCAGAGAGGUGUCAGAGUAAAGCCAGUGUACUUUUAUUUCCAGCCCUGCUGAAGAGUUAGGUACACCGUUUUAGAUGUUCAACGGUGUCCUUUUAGAAUUUAUCGAUUUGCCACUUUAGUAGUUCCUGUCUCUCAUGUUCGGCGGUGGUUGCAUUUACAGCUGUCAUUUCAGUUAUAUUCUUUGAUGUGUCUUGUUCAUUUUUAUACGUACCCCCUUCCAUUUUAUUCCUAUUUGCCUUUUUAUGGUUAUAGCCUAUGUAAAUUGUUGUGAAUAAGUUUUGUUUUGUAUUUGCAUUUAGCCUUUUUACUGUCAGGUUUACGUCGUAAGUUUUAACUCUUCCUCUGUUACUGAAGAAACAUUCUUAAAACUGAAAAAAAUGACAAUUACUGUUGCUGCAUAGCCGUUGCUGGACAAUGGAUCGAAUUCAUCUCCCGGCUCUAAGCAUCCGUAAGUCCUUUUUGUUUUAUUGUACAGGGGAUAGCAAUGAAGGAGGGCCGUGGUUUGAAGUUGGAGAUACGACACAAAAAGUGAGGAAUGUUUGCUUUGAAUAGGCUUGGACGCCUAUUCCAAUCAAAGAAUCUCCACGUUUUUGUCAUUUCUACUUACAAGAGUUUUGCAUGUAGCCGGUGAAUACUUGUCAAGUCAAAUAGGAAAUGAAAGUUUGGGGCAAUCUCUUUCAAAAUCGUUUUUGUGUUCAUUCGUCGGACACAGACAAUGGCCCUUCAGUUCUUUUUAUUCUACUGAUCAAUCAAAAUAUCAAUCAAAUAUAUGUCCUUUUUAAGGCUAACAAAGUUUGAAAAAAUGCUGUUUUCAUUAAUUUUGUUGGAAAAAUUUUUGUUUAGACUGUACCUCCGUCUGUGAGUGGUGAGAAGGCGCCCAAGAAAAAUGCUGAAGAACAUAA